GUGGCAGUUUGUGUCGUUCACUGAUUGGUAAUUCAAUAAUAUGUGCUGCUGUGCGUCAGAUGAUACAUUAUAAUAGUGACUUAACAUUAAAGCAUCUAUCGCAUUGUAAUUUAAAUUAAUAUUUUUUUCUAACGUAUACUCUCAUAUUUAUGUUUGUGAAAGUUAAAAAGCAUAAAAAAGUGAAAGAAAAAUGCGUUUCUCAUGGUAUUCUUCUGUGGUGAUUCUGGGCAUUCUGGAGGUCGUGGGAGCCGAGUCAGCUGAAUGGAACACUCGAGAUUUUAUGAAAAGAGAACAUUCCCUCAUCAGACCUUACCAAGGUAUGGGUAUGACUAUUCCUUACUGGGAUUUUACUGGUAGUACUAUAGUUACUGAAAAUUACAUUAGACUUACUCCUGAUCUCCAAAGCCAACAAGGAGCUAUUUGGAACACAGUGCCAUGCAAUGUUCGAAACUGGGAACUUCAAGUCAAUUUUAAAGUUCAUGGUAAAGGAAAAGAUCUAUAUGGCGAUGGUUUAGCAAUCUGGUAUGCUAAAGAGAAAAAGGAAAGCGGACCUGUUUUUGGAAAUAAAGAUUAUUUUCAUGGUCUAGCUGUCAUUCUGGAUACAUAUAGUAACCACAAUGGACCUCAUAAUCAUCAACAUCCUUACAUAUCUGCUAUGAUAAAUAAUGGAUCUUUGCAUUAUGAUCAUGAUAGAGAUGGAACUCAUACACAAUUAGCUGGAUGUGAAGCUAAAUUUCGUAAUCUUAAUUAUGAUACUCAUAUUGCAAUAAGAUACGAAGGAGAUACAUUAACAGUAUCAACGGAUUUGGCCAAUAAAGCUGCAUGGCAACCUUGUUUCACUGUUAAUGGAAUUAAAUUACCAACUGGAUAUCAUUUUGGUAUAUCUGCUACUACUGGCGACUUGUCUGAUAAUCAUGACAUUUUUUCAGUUCGUCUUUUUGAACUUGAAUUACCGAAUGCCGAAAGAGAUUCAGAAGAUAGGUCUAAUAUUAUCCCUUCAGCGACAUUCUUCGAGCCACCACGAGAUCAUGUAGACGAUCCAAAACCAUCAUCCCUAAGUGGAAUUAAAAUAUUUUUACUUAUGCUCGUGGCAUCACUAGUAAUAAUAGCAUGUGUUGUAAUAGGUAUAAUGUUUUACCAAAAACAUCAAGAAAAUAGCAGAAAACGAUUUUACUAGUCGAUUGCACACAAAAAUAAUGAUUUAUAAUUAAAUCGUAUGAAUAAUAUGAAUAAUAAUAUUGUAUGAAACAUGUGUGAAUUGUUGUAAGAGAUAAAUCGUUAAUGAUGUUUUUAAAAACGUGAAUAAGUUAUAAAUUAUUCCAAUUAAAUAAUUUCUUAGACUUGAUAGUCGAUAAAUUCAAAUACUUUAUAUUAUUUCCAAAUUUUCUAUUGCAAUACGAACAUGAAUUUAUCGAGGCUAAGAAAUUACUUGAAGUGGACUUUAUAUUUGUACGUGUAAAUAAUAGUAAAUAAAUUAAAAGUAAAUACUUCUCAUCAAUUAUACUGAUGAAACAUCGACUGAACUUUGUGGAUCAUCAUAAUAAACAACUGGAUAAUUUUUUUUUGGUAACUUAGAAACCUUUUAUGGAAAAACAUUUAAAAUUUUUUUAAUGU